AUGAGCACAUUAAAAGAUGUCUUUCUUACAAACACUACACUAAAAGAAUUUGAUUAUUCGGAAGAGUUAGAAACUACUCAACAUAUAGUACCGGGGUUGGAUAAGCUGCGAAUGGCCUUGGACCGCAUGGAUCGCCUGAAUCGCUUGAAUCAGACACUGGAUUU